UUGUAGGCUUCAGGAUGCAGAUAUGGGUUGUGCUGCCAGCAUUGUUCUGCUUCAAGCCUUUCGUUCUGUGGUACAGAGGAACUGUCCACAUAUUUGUAGACGACGACAAGAGGAAUUGUCACAUGAAAUUCUGCCACUGGAUAGUGAUGAUGAAAUGAACAGACCUAGAACCCUCACCAUAAUGCAGGAGAAACCCAAACUUUUGGAGCCCUUGGAUUAUGAAACUGUCAUCACAGAGAUUGAAAGAAAUAUUGGGGACAACCCUCUUAAAGAUCUCAUUACGUUUCCUAACGAUGACUUUUCAACAGACACAAUUGCAUGGGAAAUGAGAACUCUGUACCCAUCUGUACCUGAAGAUGCAGAACAAAAUGUAGAAAAUUUAUUUGUUAAAGAGGCUUGUAAAUAUUACAAUUCUCAGUGGCAUGUUGUGAACUACAAAUAUGAAAAGUAUUCAGGAGAUUUUCGACAUUUACCACAAAAUGAAUAUAGACCAGAGAAAUUGCCUUCACAUUCCUUUGAAAUUGAUCAUGAAGAUGUUGAUAAAGAUGAAGAUACCACAUCCCACUCGUCUUCAAAAGGUGGCGGCGGUGGUGGAGGAUUUGGAACAGGAAUUUUCAAGUCUGGCUGGCUUUAUAAAGGGAAUUUUAACAGUACUGUAAACAAUAGCAUUACUGUUCGGUCAUUCAAAAAGCGCUACUUCCAGUUGACACAAUUGUCGGAUAACUCAUACAUUAUGAAUUUUUACAAGGAUGAGAAAAUAUCAAAGGAACCAAAGGGAUGUAUAUUUUUGGAUUCCUGUACGGGGGUUGUGCAGAAUAGCAGGCUUAGGAAACAUGCCUUUGAGCUGAAAAUGAAUGACCUGACAUACUUUGUGCUGGCAGCUGAAAAUGAGCAGGAUAUGGAUGACUGGAUUUCCACUCUCAACAAAAUCCUGCAAAUAAAUCCAGAAGGGACCAUUCAGGAGAGGAAAAGCGCAGAUCUCACAGAUAUUAAAUUUGAUUAUGCAGACGUUUCAGAGAAUUAUGAUUGCCCACAAGAGGAGAGUGAUUCUUUGGAGAACACCUUGCACCCAGACUUCGCAAAAUACAUCACGGAAACAGAAGAAACAGUGAAAGCUUCUCGAAAUAUGGAACGACUAAAUCUGUUCUCCCUAGAUCCUGAUAUAACUGCCUCAAAUCUUCAGAAAAAGGAGUUUCCAGGAACAGAUUCAGUGAUCAAACCAUUUGAGGAAAAGGAUGCAAAGAGGAUCAUGAUAACUUGUAAAUCCCUCAGUUUGAAUCUUCAGGCUUGUGUGACUGAGAACGAAAACGAUCCUAUAACCAAUAUUGAGCCUUUUUUUGUGAGCGUGGCUCUGUUUGAUAUCAGAGACAACAGGAAAAUCUCUGCUGAUUUUCAUGUGGAUCUGAACCACACCCUUGUUACACAGAUGGUUUUAGGUUCCUCAUCUUCAUUGGAAAAUGGCAAUAUUGAAACAAUGGACACGAGUGAAGAAGAACCACCCGUGGUCAAGGGAUUUCCAGAGACAUGGUUGAAGUAUCCAAAACAGGCUCUUUUCUCCAUAAGUAAGCCCCAUUCUGAGAUUGUUUUGGUGGCAAGAAUAGAAAAGGUGCUCAUGGGAAAUAUUGCCAGCAGUGCUGAACCUUACAUUAAGAAUCCAGACUCUAAUAAGUGCGCUCAAAAAGUGUUAAAAUCCAACAAACAGUUCUGCAGCAAGCUGGGGAAAUACCGUAUGCCAUUUGCUUGGUCAGUGAGACCAGUGUUUAAGGAUAAUCAGGGAAAUGUUGACAGAGACUCCCGAUUUUCACCAUUGUUCAGGCAAGAAAGUAGCAAGAUUUCAACUGAAGAUUUGAUUAAAUUAAUAGCAGAAUACAGAAGAGCAGAGAAGAUUAGCAAAAUACAGACCAUACCUGGCAACCUAGACAUUGCAGUAAAUUGUUUCCCUUUGGAACACCCAAAUUGUGUAACAUCAUCUUUUAUCCCAAUCAAGCCAUUUAAUAAUACAGAGGAGCAUCAACCUACGGUGGAAGUGGAGGAAUUUGUACAAGAAUCAACAAAAUAUUCCCGGCCUUAUAGAGUGUAUAAGAACCAAAUAUACAUCUAUCCAAAACAUCUCAAGUAUGAUAGCCAAAAAUGCUUCAGCAAGGCACGGAACAUAACAGUGUGUAUUGAAGUUAAAAGUUCAGAUGAAGAAGGAGCCAAGCCAAUGAAGUGUAUUUAUGGGAAGCCUGGCGGACCAUUAUUUACCACAGCAGCCUACACAGCAGUGCUACAUCAUUCACAGAAUCCUGAUUUCUAUGACGAGGUGAAAAUUGAGCUUCCCACUCAACUUCAUAAGAAACACCACAUUCUGUUUUCAUUUUAUCAUGUCACCUGUGACAUAAAUGCAAAAGCUAAUGCCAAAAAGAAAGAGGCUCUGGAAACACCAGUUGGAUAUGCUUGGCUUCCUUUAUUGAAAGAUGCCCAGUUAGCUUCUCAAGAACAUAACAUUCCAGUGACAACCUGUUUGCCUCCCAGUUACUUAAACUUUCAAGAUCCUGCAAAUGGAAAGCAGAGUGGAAGUGACAUUAAGUGGGUAGACAGUGGGAAGCUGCUUUUCAAAGUGUCUUCAUUUGUUGUAUCGACUGUAAAUACUCAGGAUCCAUAUCUGAAUACCUUUUUCCAGCAGUGCCAAAAAAGAGAAAUGGAUCUCUCCCAGCCUCUUACCUCAAGCUUUGUCAUGUCCUGUAAGAAUUUACUGAAAAUUGAGAAGAUCCAUGUAAUUAUGAAUUUUCUUCCUGUGAUCCUGAAUCAACUCUUUUGGGUUCUGGUACAAAACGACGUGGAUGAAGUUACCACUUCUGUGACAAGGGUUCUUACUGACAUUGUUGCAAAGUGCCAUGAAGAGCAACUAGAAUACUGUGUCCAUUCGUAUGUAAAGUAUGUGUUCAAGACCAAGUCAUUUGAAGAAAGGACUGUUCAUGAGGAGCUCGCCAAGAACGUGACUGGUCUUUUGAAAUCAAAUGAUCAAGUAACAGUGAAACACGUUUUAAAGCAUUCCUGGUUCUUCUUUGCAAUUAUCUUAAAAUCAGUGGCACAGCACUUGGUUGAUACAAACAGAACACAGAUUCCUCGAACUCAGAGACUUCCAGAAUCAUUCCAGGUUGAACUAGACAUACUGAUAAUGAACUUGUCCGACCAUGUGGUUUGGAAAUACAAAGAUGCUCCUGAAGAAACAAAAAAUGCAAACCACAGCAUUGCCAGAUUCCUUAAGCGCUGUUUUACGUUUAUGGAUCGUGGAUUUGUAUUUAAGAUGGUCAACAGCUAUGUAAGCAUGUUCAGCUCAGGGGAUCACAAGAUUUUAUAUCAGUACAAAUUUGACUUUCUUCAAGAAGUUUGUCACCAUGAACACUUUAUUCCUCUGUGCCUGCCCAUACGAUCUGCAAACAUUCCAGACUCUGUGACACCUUCAGAAUCAACGCAGGAAUAUCGUGCAUCAGAUAUUCCAGAAUACACCCUGACCAAUGAAUUUUGCCAUAAACAUUUCUUAAUUGGGUUGCUGCUUCGAGAGGUUGGCUAUGCACUGCAAGAGGACCAGGAUAUUAGGCACUUAGCUUUGGCUGUGCUUAAAAACCUCAUGGCAAAACAUUCUUUUGAUGAUCGAUAUGCAGAUCAGGAUAAACAGGCACAAAUAGCAAAUCUGUACAUGCCUCUCUAUGGCAUGCUUUUGGACAAUCUGCCAAGGAUUUACAUGAAGGAUAUUUUUCCUUUCAAUAUAAAUACAUCCAAUCAGGGAUCUAGGGAUGACUUGAGCACUGCGGGAGGACUUCAGAGUCAAACAGCAAUGAAACAUGCAAACUCUGUGGAUACAUCUUUUUCCAAAGAUGUCCUGAACUCUAUAGCAGCCUUUUCAUCAAUAGCUAUCUCUGCAGCAAACCAUGCUGACUCCAGAGCUUCCUUAGCAAGUCUUGAGUCUAACCCAAGUACCAAUGAAAAAAACAGUGAGAGAACUGACACCUGUGAAAAGAUUGCGAGACCUUUGUCUUUGAUUGGAUCAACUCUUCGCUUCGACAAGUUAGAUCAGGCUGAAACUAGAAGCCUUCUUAUGUGUUUCCUUCACAUUAUGAAAACAAUUUCAGAAGAUACAUUGAUUUCCUACUGGCAGAGAGCUCCAUUCACAGAGAUAGCGGACUUCUUCAGUAUUUUAGAGGUUUGCCUGCAAAAUUUCAGAUAUCUAGGAAAACGAAAUAUAAUAAGGAAAAUAGCUGCUGCCUUUAAGUUUGCUCAGGCCACCCAGAAUAAUGGAACACUUAAAGGCUCUAACUCAUCUUGUCAGACACCUGGUAUACUGCCGCAAUGGAUGCAUUCUACUUCCAGUCAUGAUGGCCACAAACAUCACAGAUCUCAAACAUUACCAAUAAUCCGUGGCAAAAAUGCAUUUUCCAACCCCAAACUCUUGCAAAUGAUAGACAGCAGCAUGGCAAGCAGCUCCAAUGACACAGACAUUGUACACUACGCAGACACAGAGGCAAAUAUUGCCACAGAGGUUUGCCUCACCAUUCUUGACCUACUGUGUCUUUUCACUCAGAACCACCAGAGACAACUCCAGCAAUCUGAUUGCCAGAAUGCACUGAUGAAAAAGGUCUUUGAUACCUACCUGCUCUUUUUGCAAGUCAACCAGUCGGCAGUAGCCCUCAAGCAUGUCUUUGCUGCCUUGCGUUUGUUUGUGAGCAAGUUUCCUUCAGCGUUUUUUCAAGGGCAAGCAGACAUGUGUGGAUCAUUCUGCUAUGAAAUCCUGAAAUGCUGUAACCAUAGGUCACGGUCAACUCAAACAGAGGCAUCUGCUCUUCUUUAUUUUUUCAUGAGAAAGAACUUUGAAUUUAACAAGCAGAAAUCAAUAGUCAGGUCCCAUCUACAGCUCAUCAAAGCUGUAAGCCAAUUGAUCGCAGAUGCAGGGAUUGGUGGAUCUCGGUUUCAACAUUCCCUUGCAAUUAUAAAUAAUUUUGCUAAUGGAGACAAGCAGAUGAAAAACAGUCCCUUUCCAGCAGAGGUGAAAGACCUGACCAAACGCAUCAGGACAGUUUUAAUGGCCACAGCUCAGAUGAAGGAACAUGAGAAAGACCCAGAGAUGCUUGUAGACCUGCAGUACAGCCUAGCAAACUCAUAUGCUAGUACACCUGAAUUACGAAGGACUUGGCUUGAAAGCAUGGCCAAGAUUCAUGCUAGAAAUGGAGAUUUAUCAGAGGCUGCUAUGUGCUAUAUCCAUAUAGCUGCCCUCAUUGCAGAAUACCUGAAAAGAAAGGGUUACUGGAAAAUGGAAAAGAUUUGUACCUCACGUAUGCUCCUGGAAGAUGUUCAAGUCUCUGAUAGUAAUCUGUUACUAACUACUCACAAUGGAGGAAGCUUAUUUUCCAUGGGAUGGCCAGCUUUUCUAAAUAUUACCCCAAACAUUAAAGAAGAAGGAGCUAUGAAAGAAGAUUCGGGAAUGCAAGAUACUCCAUAUAAUGAGAAUAUCCUUGUGAAGCAGCUGGAGUUGUGUGUUGAAUACCUGUGGAAGUCUGAAAGAUAUGAACUGAUUGCUGGAGUUAACAAGCCUAUCAUUGCUGUAUUUGAGAAACAAAGAGAUUUUAAAAGACUGUCAGAUCUGUACUAUGACAUCCAUCGAUCAUAUCUGAAGGUCGCAGAAGUAGUGAAUUCUGAGAAACGUUUAUUUGGGCGAUACUAUCGUGUUGCUUUUUAUGGGCAGGGCUUUUUUGAAGAAGAGGAAGGUAAAGAGUAUAUCUAUAAAGAACCCAAGUUAACAGGGCUGUCUGAGAUCUCGCAGAGACUGCUAAAACUUUAUGCAGAUAAGUUUGGAGCAGACAAUGUGAAGAUGAUCCAAGAUUCCAACAAGGUCAACCCCAAAGACUUGGAUCCAAAAUAUGCCUAUAUCCAGGUCACAUAUGUCACGCCUUUCUUUGACGAGAAGGAGGCUGAAGACAGGAAGACUGACUUUGAAAUGCAUCACAACAUCAACCGUUUUGUAUUUGAAACGCCUUUCACGCUGUCAGGAAAAAAACACGGAGGGGUAGAAGAGCAAUGCAAGAGACGCACAAUCCUGACAACCAGUCAUUUAUUUCCGUACGUGAAGAAGCGUAUUCAAGUCAUAAGCCAAACAAGUACAGAACUGAACCCUAUUGAAGUAGCUAUUGAUGAGAUGUCCAAAAAGGUUUCAGAACUUAAACAGCUUUGCACAAUGGAAGAAGUGGACAUGAUUAGACUGCAACUCAAACUUCAAGGAAGUGUCAGCGUCAAGGUAAAUGCAGGACCAAUGGCAUACGCCCGAGCUUUUCUUGAAGAAACAAAUGCUAAGAAGUAUCCUGAUAACCAAGUCAAACUUCUGAAGGAAAUCUUCAGGCAGUUUGCAGAAGCAUGUGGGCUUGCUCUUGAAGUUAACAAACGCCUUAUUAAAGAGGACCAGUUAGAAUAUCAAGAAGAAAUGAAGUCUCAUUAUAAGGAUAUGCUCAGCGAGCUCUCUGCAGUCAUGAAUGAACAGCUCUAUCAUGGUCCAUGCUUAUACAGCUUCUCUUCUUCCCUGUCUAACAUUUCCCUCAAUACUGUAGACAAAAGUGAUUAUCCACAAGGAGGAUUCAGCAAAGCCACAAGGAAUGGAACGAACCUAUUCACGAACCUUCAGUAGAACAAACACAGCCCCGCCAGGAGCAGUGAUAUCAAAUACUGACAUUUGACUGAAACAUCUUUGACUUUAUGCAUACCUCGGGAGGAAAUUUUUUUUUAAGUGUAAAGUGAUCAUGAACAAUACAGUGAAAAUGGAUUGUGCGAUAUGGUUUUAAUUUAUUGGAAGUCUUCACAGUGAUAAUAUUUUUUAAAACUGCUAGCUUGAUUUUUUUUUUUGUCCAGCCCUGUAUUUGUACAUUUCCUAUCCUUUUUUUUUUUUUUUUGUUAUUGAGAAGUCUUUUAUUAAGCGAAGCUGAAUAUGAAAUUUCCAUUGAACAUUUAGCUCCACAGCAAGCCCUAAGUUUGCUGUAAAUGUUAAUAUAUCUAAUACUAAGUCCUAGUAUACAUAUAUUUUAAAGGUCAAAUGUGGGUGUUUUAUAACAUUUAAGUAUGUCAUAAUUGUAAAUAGAGGAUGUGUAAAAUAUGUCAUUUUUACAAAAUUUAAAAGACUAUCUUUUUAGUUAAUAAUUAUAAGUGUACUAAAAAUAUGAAUAACUUUUCAGAUACAGUUAUAUUAAAAUAUUUGUGUAUGUGUACAAAAAAUGUCUAUAAAGAUUUCUCUUUGAAGACA